GCAGCGGGCAGAUACAGCUGUGGCAAUUCCUGCUGGAGCUGCUCUCGGACCGGGCCAACCUGAACUGCAUCGCCUGGGAAGGCACGAAUGGGGAGUUCAAGCUGAUCGACCCCGACGAGGUGGCACGGCGCUGGGGCGAGCGGAAGAGCAAACCCAACAUGAAUUAUGACAAGCUCAGCCGGGCGCUGCGCUACUACUAUGACAAGAACAUCAUGACCAAGGUCCACGGCAAGCGCUACGCCUACAAGUUUGACUUCCAUGGGCUGGCACAGGUGUGCCAGCCAGCUGCCCCCGAUCACACCCUCUACAAAUUUCAGGGCAACUUGGCCCCGCUGCCCUUCUCGGGCAUCUCUAAACUCAACCUCAUGACCUCGGGGGUGACACCAGCCAGCUUCUCCUACUGGCCUGGCUCCAGCCCAUCCCUCUAUCCUGGGCACGGGCUCCAGCCCUCUGCCCCGUUCAGUGCCAUGGCAGCCUCCCACCUCAACAACAUGAACAACCAUUACCAUUAGAGGCUCAGCCACGCCAGGCAGACCUCCCCGUCCCUGGUGGCAUGGGGCUGUGGAGCUGGGGAGCUCGGCAGGAAGGGAUGGGGGGGGAGGGAAUCAUGCCCUGCUCUCAG